GUCUUCUACCGUCCUGCGGCGUUUGUAUUUGUGUGUAUUUGUUUGUUUUUUAUAUAUUCUUUGUGCAGAAGCGGGCACCGGAGAGGACGGAAUGCACACCUGCGACAUGGGUGAUGCGUUCGCAUGGGGAGCAGCAGCAACAGGAGGCCAAGAUCAAUACCGCAAAGUAGGUGGGCAGGCACGAAGGAGCUUCGAAGGGGGGGGGGAGAGGGUUGAACGGAGAAUGAUAGAUUCCCGGCAAAGGGGAAGUGGCACUGUUUUGGAUGGAUUCAUGGGUCCACAGUUUUGUCGGGUGGGGGAGUAUUCACCACAAGGUCUGUUGACUGAUGUCGUCGAUGUCGUGAAAGGUUCAAUGAUUUGUGUGCUUACUCGUGUGUGGUAUGUAGUUGUAGAUUGUUUGUUGAGGUUGGUGAAAGAAGGAAUUGGUUGAUGUAUGUCUGCAUCGACGUCGCGUUUCAUGCUUUGAUCGUGAGUGGUCGAUUUUUAUU